AUUAAUUCGAUCUGAAAAUUGAAAAAUUUCGGGAAAUUCGUCUCGUUGGAAAGACAAGAGGCCUGAAAGUAGCUGUUUGAUCGGCAUUAGCGCCUGUGCCCCCCCCAACAAAAUCCGCCAUUUUACGUUUAACUUGAGUAAUGACGUAGCCCCCAUUGGGUGUGUGUACCCAAUUCCACAAUAAUUCUAUUCGUUCCUCAAACCAACCGUCAUUACCCCGUAACAAUCAGUGACGAUUGGCUGGAAAAUAAGCCCCAAAUGUCCUCAAAAUAACAUAAAAAUAAUCUCUAAAUGACGGGCGUUGGCAAAAUUUUCGAAUAUAACCCAUAAAAUUCUCCCUCGAAUCAUCAAAUAACCCCACUGAGUUGAGUUUAACCGGGGUGGGGGGAGACUGAGUGAGCUCUAGAGAGUAAGAGGGAGCAAGAGAGAGAGAGAGAAAGAGACAGUGCGUGUGAAGAAAAAAGGAGUUCGAGGGGACACGCGACGGGAGCUGGAAAUCGCGAAAAAAAGGUUCCUGGGCUAAAUUCUAAAACUCCAUUUUGUGUUGUGCACCAGUGAUAGGAAGUAACGAAUAGUAAGUGAUUGUACCCAAGUGGGAGAGGUGACCGGAAGGUGAAAAAACAACGGGUCAAACGGGUUGUAUUAUUUUGUUGAGUUGAAGCCGUUGAGUAAUCGUGUGAGAAAAAGGUGGAAAAAAAAAAAAUGAGCGAAGAGAGUAAUCCCCGUACCCUCUACGUGGGUAAUCUAGAUAUAUCAGUGCACGAGGAGUUAUUGUGCACUCUAUUUUCACAAAUAGGUGCUAUCAAGGGAUGUAAAAUAAUACGUGAGCCUGGUAAUGAUCCAUAUGCCUUCGUUGAAUUUACAAAUCAUCAGUGUGCAGCAACGGCACUUGCCGCCAUGAAUAAGAGACUAUUUCUCGAUAAAGAGAUGAAGGUUAACUGGGCAACUAGUCCCGGUAAUCAGCCAAAACUUGACACAAGCAAUCAUCAUCACAUAUUCGUCGGUGAUUUAUCACCUGAAAUUGAGACACAAACACUCAAGGAGGCAUUUGCACCCUUUGGCGAGAUAAGUAAUUGUCGUAUUGUACGAGAUCCACAGACACUUAAGAGUAAGGGAUAUGCGUUUGUGUCAUUUGUUAAAAAAUCCGAGGCUGAGGCCGCUAUAUCUGCUAUGAAUGGACAGUGGUUGGGAUCACGUAGCAUCAGGACAAACUGGUCGACGAGAAAACCACCACCACCGAGGAGUGAGAGACCUAGGCAUGCUAAUAACAGCAAGCAAAACUACGAGGAGGUAUAUGCCCAGAGUAGUCCAACCAAUUGCACAGUCUACUGCGGUGGCUUCACAAACGGCAUAACCGAUGAAUUGAUAAACAAAACAUUCUCACAAUUUGGUACAAUUCAGGAUGUUAGAGUAUUCAAAGAUAAAGGUUAUGCUUUUAUUAAAUUCACGACUAAAGAAGCAGCGACACACGCCAUCGAGGUUACCCACAACACAGAAAUAAAUGGUAGUAUUGUCAAGUGUUUUUGGGGUAAGGAGAAUGGUGAUCCUAACAGCGUUGGACCCAAUGCAAAUCAGCAAGCUCAGCAGGUGACAUCCGGUGCUGGACAGUACUCCUACGGUUACGGCCAGCAGAUGUAUUGGUACCCUCAACAGGGUUACCCCCACAUGCAGGGACAAUUCCUUCAGCCAGCUCAGUACUAUGGCCAGUACUAUGGCCAGCAAGCUCAGUACAUGAAUGCAGGUAUGAGAAUGCAAGCACCAGCUGGUGGUACUUGGCAGCCAGGUCAAGCAACAGCACCACCACAAGCUGGUUCAGCUCCCAUUCAACCUGGCCAACAACCAACAAUGGUAACAUACGCCAUGCCCCAAUAUCCCACGCAAUGAAACACGUGAGACCAAUUUCAAUAAAGUAAAGAUAAUACGAAAAUAAACAAGAUUGAAACGAAUGAAAAUAAACAAAAUAAUACAGACUAUUUCGACCAUGGGGACUUCUUCAGAGCGUGUAAUCAUCGAUAGUGUCAUUUUUUUUUUCUGAGAAAACGAACAGACAUUUGAAUUUUUGUUCAUCAAGCAAAGACUAUUCCUGAACUCUAUUUUACCAAUUUUUCAUGCUUUUUCGCUUUUUUGUUCCGUUUUUCGUCAAUAAUUAUUGCCGGGUUCAGGUCUCAUCGUCGGUGGAUAGAUUUUCCUUUCCUGUUAAACAUUACUGUAAACGCACGUUUGAUUGAUGCGUAAAUUUGUAAAUUUCCUUGGAUUAAUCCUAUUUUAUACACAAGUAGUUUUCGAACGAAUGAAAAACCAUUGUUACUGUUUCUAAUUAGUGUCUUCCACAUAAGUGUACGAUUUAUAGGGUUCGAAUGAAUUUCUCACUAUUCACAAUAGCUCGUAAUUUGAUAAUCAGACGUUUGUAAAUAAAAUUAUUUCCAAAACUUCUGAAAUUAAUUGAUAAAAUCCAUCGACGAUGUGGUAAAAAGAAGAACUCCCCAACGAAAAAUUUAAAAAAAUUCAAGAAAUGAAUUUACAAGAGUGAAGAAUGCAAGGGUGAGUGAAUCGAAUGAACGCAUAAGACGGGGAAAAAGGUGAAAAAGACAGAUAAUUGCGUAAAAUCUGACAAAACUAAUCAGUUUUGUAAUUGACAUGAGGGAUGUUAUAUAAAGCGAAAUAAAAAAAACGCGAAGAGGAAAACGAUAAUUUAGGUACGGUAGGGCGUGGACCCUCGACAAUGCUUAGGUUAAUGUUAUCUUAUAAUAAAAAAAAACAAUGAAAAAUGGAAAAAAUGAACUUGUCCAUUGAAGGAGAAAAAAGGAAUAAAUAUUUAAAAUACA